CAGAAAAAUGUAGAGCGGGCUUCAGCUUCAAGCUCCAGAGGCCGACGACGACCCCAAAGCCAAAGCCAAUUGACGGGCGACGAUGGCCAUGCGGGCCGUCACCUAAACGAAAUUCGACGAUGCGGCCGCCAUUACGAAAAUUCCCACUGCGGCCGGGUGUAUUCGAGAAUGUGUGCUGGCAAUGCACGCGACGGGCUCUGCGACGGAUCGAGCGGUCGCCAAAAUUCCCGAGACUCUUUUCCGAGUCAACGGCGCGGCCCAAUCUAUCAACCGCUGGCCCCGCCGCCUUACCCCGACACCGGUUUAAGGCUGGCUACUUCCUAUCAAACAGUCUUCUCGUCCGAUCCAAUGGCACAUCCGUAGCCCCUCCUGCCGCGGGCGACGCUCCGGCUCAGGUUGAAACGGCUGCCGACAACACCCUUCUGCCCCACCGCCGACGACAAGCCGCACGGCGAAAUGCCACCGCCAAUGCGGAAGCCCAACAAUCAACGUCAUCAUCGCCAACAACGGCUGCACGGUCUACAAAUUCUAUGGCAGCUUCUCUCCCGCCCGACGCUUCUUCCCUCCUCGCCGCCGAUGCCGCCUCCCACCCCAGCAACUCUCUCCGCCGGAACCUCUCAGCCUUCCUCUCCCUCUCCAAGCCGCGCCUCACCGUGCUUGUCGUGCUCUCCGCCAUGGUGCCCUACGCGCUCUACCCGGUCCCGGCCUUCCUCAGCUCGGACGCGCUAGCCGCCACAGCACCGUCGCUAUCCCCGCUGACGCUGCUCUUCCUGACGACGGGAACAACGCUUUGCUCGGCGGGGGCCAACGCGCUCAACAUGCUCUACGAGCCGGACACGGACGCCAAGAUGUCGCGCACGCGCACGCGCCCCCUGGUGCGGGGCCUGCUCAGCACGCGCGCCGCGCUAGCCUUCGCCAUCGGCUGCGGCAUGGCGGGCACCGCGGCGCUGUACGUGGGCGUCAACCCGACGGUGGCAUUCCUGGGGCUAGCCAACAUCGCGCUGUACGCGGGCGCCUACACCCCGCUGAAGCGCAUCUCGGCGGUCAACACGUGGGUCGGCGCCGUGGUCGGGGGGAUCCCCCCGCUCAUGGGCUGGGCGGCGGCCGCGGGCGAGAGCGCCGUCGGCGACGGCACCUGGCGCGAGCUGCUUUUCGCCGCCGACGGCUCCAGCCUCGGCGGCUGGCUUUUUGCGGGCCUGCUCUUCGCCUGGCAGUUCCCCCACUUCAUGCCCCUCUCGUGGGGCAUCCGCGACGAGUACAAGGCGGCCGGCCUGCGCAUGCUCUGCUGGGUCAACCCGGCCCGGAACGCCCGGGUCGCCCUGCGGUACAGCAUCGUCUUCGUGCCGCUGUGCCUGGGCCUCUGCGCCGCCGGCGUGACCGAGUGGAGUUUUGCCGUCACGAGCUUGCCCGUCAAUCUGUGGUUGAUCCGGGAGGCGGUCAAGUUCUGGAGAUACGAGGGUCACAAGGGCAGUGCCAGGAGUUUGUUUUGGGCCAGUGUCUGGCACUUGCCCGUCAUCAUGGUGCUGGCGCUGGCGCAGAAGAAGGGCAUGUGGGCAAGAGUGUGGAGGAGCAUUGCGGGCGAGCCCCUUGAGGACGAGUCUGACGAGGAGGAUGAUGUUGAAUGGGAGCCGGAACCCGGAGCCGGGGCCGUCUCCGCACCGGAUGUGGGGCCCGUGCGAGCCCAAUAACGGCGAGGCCGGUGAUGCUGGGGAAAGAAGCCUUUGACUACCUUAUGUAAAAAGCAAAUGUGUAGUAUUGUGUACUCCCUGCAGUUGGAUGUUUCAUUAUACAUGUACAUUGGUAUUUUAUUACACGAUCCGUUAUGUCCUAGCUUGUUCCGUGGAAACACAGUCAGAUCGCGCCGUCCACAGCCCUGCGUUAUGUAAGAACUCUAUCUUAUUCUCC